AUGUGGAUCAACACGUUGAUAUUACUGUUGUUCAUCACACAGAUUUCCGAACAAGUACAAAGUGAAUGUCUAGGGGGUGUCUGGACUAUUCAAGACACAGCUGUUGGCUCGUUUACUGUUUCAUGGAGAUAUAAUACGACAUUGAACAUUCUUCAGUUUAUAAUUCAAGGUCAAGUUAAUUCGAAUGUAAAUCUCACAUCUACUUAUAUUGCUUUGAGCUGGUCGGAGACUAUAUCAACAACGAAUGCAGAUAUGGUAUUGAUCUUUCCCGACAUGCAAAUCGUUCGAGAUGGAUAUGUUCGUCGACAGGUUGUACCAUCAAUUGAUCUUCAACAAGAUCUGUGUAUGACUCAAACCAAUCUUAUCGAUGAAGAUAUUUAUGUUACUUUCGAACGGUCCGUAUCAACAGAAGAUAUUGAUGAUAUCAGUUUUACGACAAAUAUAUAUCUUACGUUUUCAAUGGGCACUUACACAGUCAAUAAUGACACAAAUGAGUUCGAUCUAAGUUCUCACUUUUUCCAAAAGUCACACAAUGUUAGUAUUAAUCUGUUGAAUUGCAUAUCAAUUGGCUGUCUGACAUUCAAUUGUUCCACAACAGCAUGCUCAUGUUUACAAGAUAUUUCAUCGAACAUUGGACAGUGCAUUUGCUUUCAACCAUCGUCACCAUCGUGUCGAUCGAGUUCAACGAAACAUUCUUCAACAAUGAUGGCUUCAUCAGUUUCUGCCCUUAUUAACGGUUCAUGUGAAAACCAAACGGAUCCUUGUUCAUCGCAUGGCAUUUGCUUGCAAAUAUCGUCAACACGGUUCAUCUGUCAAUGUAAAGCUGGCUAUACAGGUGUUCUUUGUCAAACGUCAUUAUUUUCUCCCAACAUCAAUAUUUUCAACGUCUGUCAAUGUCUGAAUGGCGGCGUUUGUUCAUCUAAUGCGACCUGUUCAUGUCCAGAAAACUAUCGAGGAAAAUACUGUCAACUAACUAAUCCGUGCAAUGGCUAUUGUCAAAACAGUGACCGUUGUACAGUUGAUUGCACAGAUUCAUCAUGUGACACGCCCAACUGUACGUGUAUAAGUGGUUUUACUGGAGACCGCUGCGAGACGAGCAACCCCGAUGCGUGUCAAUCAAAUCCUUGCGUCAAUGGACUUUGCAUACCGAUAGCAACGGAUGAUUUUCAAUGUCAAUGCAACAGCAGUUAUAUUGGUUCACGGUGUGACAAACUCAAUACAUGUUUAUCCAAUCCUUGCAAUCAAGGAACAUGCGUGCCGUCAUCCAACUGUACGGAACAAACUUGUUCUUACUCAUGUUCAUGUCUUAAUGGUACAACCGGCACAUAUUGUGAAACAGUCACAGAUCCAUGCUUAAGUAUACCUUGCCAGAACAAUGGCAACUGUUCAGUAUUGUCGAAUGGCUACCUAUGUGAAUGUGAACCGCCGUAUAAUGGUACAAAUUGUGAGAUAAUAGCUGAUGUGUGCAUGUCGAAUCCAUGUUUGAAUAAUGGAACAUGUAUUCGAGAUUUGAUCGUUGACAGGGUAGCAUAUCUAUGUGAUUGUCUUGAAGGUUAUGUCGGAGAACAUUGUGAAUCUCGAGAUACAUCUUGUAAAAUGAUAUCUUGUGAGAAUGGUGGUACCUGUUUGAUAAACAACGAAACAAACAUUUCCUAUUGUCAAUGUCCAUCGAAUACAACGGGUGACCGAUGUGAAACAAAACAGACGUUAUGUACAAAUGCAACUUGUUCUAACAAUGGCAUUUGUUUCAGUAAAGUUUUAUCCAAUAACAAUUCCAGACAUUGUAUAUGUUCUGAAGGCUUUACUGGUCAAUACUGUGAGAACUUCAUAUAUAUGAAUAAUUCUUGUUUACGAAAACCCUGUGGCUAUGAUGGUACAUGUAUUCAAACAUCAAAUGCUUCGUAUUAUUGUAUAUGUUCAAAUGGCUCAACUGGACAAUCAUGUGAAACAAAUACACUAACCUCAUGUUCGGGUUCACCUUGUCGGUAUUUAUCUACGUGUCAACCAAUAGAAGAUACAAAGCCUGUCAAUUACCAAUGUGUUUGUCCGCCGUAUUUAACUGGUGACCGUUGUCAAUAUACGAACAAUUGUCAAAAUCAACCUUGCGUAAAUCAUGGGACAUGCAUCCCACUCGGCCCGCAGAACAAUUUUAUGUGUCUAUGUCCACCAGAGUUUGGACAUUAUGACUGUUCAAUAUAUAUAGGUGUGUCGUGCAACUCGCAUGUUUGCUUAAAUGGAGGCACAUGUGAUGAUGAUAACAGUACCAAUAUUCGUUGCAUAUGUCCAGCAGGAUUUGCUGGGCCACGUUGUGAAUGGGCUUCGGUUUGCUCGACAAAUACCUGUCAAAACAAUGGUACAUGCCGGCAAAUUGCUCCUACAAUGGCUGAAUGUCUAUGUCAAACUGGUUUUACUGGCCCAACCUGUGCUCUACGCGAUUCUUGCACUCGGUUACCGUGCAAAAACGGUGGUGGCUGCACGACACUUAUUGCUGAUACAGGAACCAAUUGGUCAGCAUAUCGAUGUAUAUGUCCUCCGGGAAUGUAUGGACAAAAUUGUGAUACAGGAAUAAGUUCUUGUUCAAAUAUGCGCUGUCCGAGAUAUCAAAUUUGCAGUGAACAACCAACGGGUCCUAUUUGUACCUGUCCUGAAAAUAAAGUGGGCACAUUUUGUCAAUACGAUAAUCCAUGUAAAACAUCAACCAUCAAUUGUCGAAAUAAUGGUGCAUGUGUGUAUUCAAAUACAGAUCCACCUGUUAGUUCCUGUCGUUGUAGAGAAGGAUUCGCCGGAACAUAUUGCGAAACAAUCAUACAUAAUAAUCCAUGUUCAAGUAAUCCCUGUCAAACGCGUGGUUACUGUGCUCUGUCAACAACAAAUAGAACCUAUACAUGCAUCUGUCGAGAUCAUUUUAUUGGUGAAUAUUGCGAACGGAAUAAUCCGUGUUUGUCAUCACCAUGUUUGAAUCAAGCCAUGUGUCAACCCCAUUGGAAUCAAACAGACACUUGGUUUAGUUGCCAUUGUGCAGGAACGUAUACCGGAAGUCGAUGUGAAACAUCUCUAUUAAAUCCAUGCGGAGGAUUGUGUAUGAAUGGAAGUCCAUGCAGUCAAGGAAUAUGCGUUUGUCCGGCACAGUAUACAGGAACAUUUUGUGAAUACGAUAAUCCAUGCUUCCAACCAAUUUGUCAAAAUGACGGUGUUUGUUCCGUUGUUUCGAAUGCAACAAACGUUUCUUUCACGUGUACUUGCCCGAGUUUAUCUACUGGUCAAUACUGCGAAAUUUCAUUGAAUAUAUCGGCAAGCACUGAUUGCGCGUUAAGUUGUAUGAAUAAUGGUACAUGUGGUAAUGGAGUAUGCCUAUGUACAUCGAAAUAUAUAGGACCAGUAUGUCAAUACGAGAAUCCAUGCGCAAACCGAAAUCCAUGUUUAAACGGCGGCAAAUGUUUUAGUCGGUACAAUCCGAAUGGAACAGUGACGACACAAUGUUUUUGUCCUCAAGGAUAUACAGGAAGCCAUUGUGAAGCUAUACUUUGUUCUCCAACAUCAUGUAACGGUGGUGUUUGUACAGCUACACAGAAUAAUAUCGUUUGUGCAUGUCCAAAAGGCAAAGUUGGUGAUCGCUGUCAAUAUGCGGAUGCUUGUGCAAAAAAUCCAUGUCUACCGAACGAACGAUGUGAACAAAUCGGAAGUCAAUACCAAUGUAUAUCCUGUUACGACAAGAGUUCGUACUGUUCAAUCUAUCAACUACGUAGUGAAUAUUGUGAUAAUCGUUAUACAAUUCUUGUUGAUAACAACUUCCUUUCCGUUCCUCAAGCGUGUCAACGUUCAUGUGGUCAAUGCAUACCCAUUCAGCGUUUACAAGAUAUUUCAACAUUGUUCAAUCAAGUAGAACUGAGCGACGAGAUAAACAUGACAUCGAGCACAACUACCGCUAAGGAAGAUCGCGAUCGAGAAAAAUGCAUCGAUCGACGAGAUGAUUGUUCCAUGCAAAAAGCUUACGGAUUCUGUCGAAUAUUCAACGAGAAAUAUCCUGAAGAUUGCGUGAAGACCUGUCAUCCCGAUUGUACAAAUACAUUUUGA